GGACAGGACUGAGGGCGUCAGGAUGUUGUCUGGAUCUGUACUGCCUCGCAUUUGAAAAUUAGGACUUUUCUUUAUGGAAAUGUUUUGAUUUCUUGGGGAUUCUGAAGGAAAUCUGUCGCCGAAAGACUGACUUUUGACAGAAAUCCGUUGUUUAAAAACCUUUGGAGAGGGGCAAUGGGUGCUAAUUUUACACUCUGCUGCUGUCAAUAUUUUGAGACAAACAACCGAGAAGAAGAGAAGAAGGCUAUUUUGCGUAUGCAAGUCACUGCGGCUUCCAGACCACCUGAAGAGUUAUCCAGCGAGUCCAGUGACUCUGACACUGAGGAGGAGAGCCUCUUUGGACCGUCGCCUUCAAAAAAGAGGAUGUGGUAUGACAGGCAGAGCCAAAGAAAAUCAGCAGACCAGUGGGCCACCUUCAACAGACCUGGGGACACCCGCCCAAGGCGUGGAUCUGACAGAGAGCUACAGGCGUUUAUCAGCAUGAGAGACCAGACUGACAAGGCAACAGAGGAAUGGGAAAAGCUGAAUUAUGACAUUUACACGUUGCGCUACGCCAGACGAGAAGUCAGAAGUCGAUGGAAGAAAAUCCUGCUGCAGAUGGGUUAUCAGUGUGAGGUGGACUCGCUGUUGUGCGUGAGCAGACAGAGCCAGUUCAGCCGGGACCAAGAAUAUCCUAAGAAAGCUACUGAACUGCUGAAAUCUCUGCUGGAGCAGAGCUCUCUGUUCCCUCCGGGAACAGCACACCACAGCAGAUACAUUUAUGUCAUGGACCGGCUGGUGUCACUGGACAGUGCUGAUGACUUUGUUAGACUGGCCAAAGAGAAAUAUCCCAAGGCAGAAGGCUGAGAGACAAAGUCAGUGAAGGACAUAAAGGUUAAAACAGCGUAAAGCAAACUUGAGACAUAUUAGCCACAAUCCAUCAUUCAUUUAAGUGUGGAAGCAGUUUUUCUCCUGAUGCUCAACUGCUGUUUUUCACUUGGACAAUCAGGCUUAUUCUUUAAUCCACAUUAAGCUCAUAAACAGUGUUCUUUGGUUUGUUUAGUUGAUAUGAAAUAUUUGAUUUACAGCAGAAAAAGUGCAGGUGUUUUUAAAUCUGCAACAUAGAUUUUUUUUUUUUCAACUUUGUUAAAUUUUGUUUGGUAUAUAUAUGCAUUUUUGCAUUUCAGACCCACAAUACAUCCCAAAAAGAGCUGGGACAGGCUCAAUUUCAUGUAUAAUCAUGCAAUAUAAUUCUGGGCACAUUUCAAAGGCAUGGCUGAGGAAGACGAGGGUACCGGAAUGGCUGGAAUGGCCGGAAAAUGUAAUUUCUAAAAGAAUGAGACAUAAGAAACAACUGAAACACUUUCAGCAUGGCUAUCCUCAGCGCUGGAAGUGUCGUGAGAAGCAAUUGGCAGUAUUGCAAGGUCCUUAAAACUUUGCUGUCACAACUAUUUUUGGAUCGUCUUUUGGCAACAGAUAAUCAGUUUCCAUCUUAACCUGUCAUCUGCACCUUCCUCGGUCACACCACCAUCUGCAUAUCCUCUCCCACCACAUCUACAAGUCUCCCUUUUGACCGUCCCCUUUUUUAUUACCUGGUGGCUCCAUGUAAAAAUGGAUGUAUAUUUAACAUGAUUGAAUUAGGUUGUGUUAAAACAUGAACUAUCUCAUUCAUUCAUGGUUUAUGCUGUCUGAAGAACUAAAACUCCAAAUAACUGUAUGAACCGCUGCAUUUUUUUGUUUGCAUUUUCGUAUUCAUUAAUUCACAUACCUCUUAUAGUGGUUCUUUCUUUGUGUUUUCAGUGGGUUUUUUUUUCUUUCCUUUCUCACAUUUUACAUGCGCGUUGCAGCCUUGAUGUAAUUAAUAUUUGAUCAUGUACUAGCACCUUUGUCCAGUAGGGGGAAGCAUAUGGUCACAUUUCAGUUGACCUAACUUUUUUCUGUACUUAACUCCUAAAUUUGUUUUCUAUCAAAAACGUUUAACAAAAGGAAUUAAGUAUUAGUGUGAAAGCAGCAAUUUCUAAAGCACUUUUGUGAAUAAAAAUAAUAAAUAAACUAAGAACAAACGUGCUCUGUCACUGAUACAGUCUAGUUUGUGGAAAUGGAAACUGUCUUUUUACAAUCUUUGAAACUUUCUUAAAGAUUUAUUUGUCAUCAAAAUUACUGAAGUCACCUAUAACAUUUUUUUUUAGAAUUAACUGCCAAUAAUUCAGAGUAAAACUCCAAACACACUUUCAGUCACACACCCAUUGCUCCAUCCUCAGCUUUAAACCUCAUCAAAUCCACAUUUCCUUGCACGUAUGUAUCCAGAAAGAGUUUACUCUGACCCAGAUAUUCUUUUCUACUCAAGGCCUCUUUCCAAGUUUGAGAAACAGAUGUGGAACUAAGAGAGGGGGAACGCUGGGGGAGGGGAACAGUGCGAGAUGGCGGCAUUGAAAGACAUUGUACUGC